AUGCUCCCAGCCAUAGAGUUUUAUGAUUCUGAUCCCUUCUAUCAGAUUAGUUAUCAUCUUUACACGGCCAUCUCCUUGCUGGGCAGCUCUCAAUCGAACUUUACCACUCAUAGCCCCAAAUAUCAAAGAAAGUGGGAAAUGCAAAAUUACGACUAUAAGCCCAAUGACACCAGCUGGGCCAACAUAAAAGCCGAGAAUAAGAAAAGCGCCGACUAA